CCUCAUGUUUCACCAUCACCCUAUCCAAUUCAUAUCAUUCCAGUUUCUUCAAACAAAACUCACCUCACCAUUUUCAGCUACUAAUUUCAUUUCUUGAAAAACAGCUCUCAUGUUGCAUAUGCUCUUAUUGCCUUCAAUUUCUGAUAGGUGGGAAAGCAGGAAUUGACUAGAAGCUUCAUGGCUGCAAAAUUUGGGAGGUGUAUGAUGCUAUGUUGUUCAAGGAAACUCUCCCAGAAGGAAGACAUGGCAACCAGCGACUCGUACGAGGAAGCCAUUGCAGGACUGUCAAAGCUUCUCAGUGAGAAAGCAGACCUCGGGAGCGUCGCCGCCGCAAAGAUCAAACAGAUAACGGCUGAGUUAGAGGCGGCCGGCUCGAACGAGUUUAACCCGGAUGCGAGGAUAAAAAGCGGGUUUAUCCAUUUCAAGAAUGAGAAAUACCAGAAGGAUCCUGCCUUGUACGGUGCACUUGCCAAAGGGCAGAGCCCCAAGUUUCUGGUGUUUGCUUGCUCAGAUUCAAGAGUUUGUCCAUCUCAUAUCCUCAAUUUCCAACCUGGGGAGGCCUUUGUGGUCAGAAAUAUUGCCAACAUGGUUCCACAGUUUGAUCUGACAAAGUACUCUGGAGUAGGAGCAGCCAUUGAAUAUGCAGUAGUGCAUCUAAAGGUGGAGAAUAUUGUAGUAAUUGGUCAUAGCUGUUGUGGUGGUAUAAAGGGUCUCAUGUCCAUCCCAGAUGAUGGGACCACUGCUAGUGAUUUCAUUGAAGAUUGGGUCAAAAUUGGUUCUUCAGCAAAAGCCAGGGUUAAGACAGAGUGCAACAGUUUAAGUUUUGAAGAGCAGUGUCAUAACUGCGAGAAGGCAACUGUGAAUGUAUCGCUAGCGAACCUAUUGACAUAUCCAUAUGUGAAAGAGGGAGUGAUGAAGAAAAGUGUGGCAUUGAAGGGCGCACAUUAUGAUUUUGUGAAGGGAGCUUUUGAGCUUUGGGACCUUGAUUUCAAGGUUACACCCACUGUUGCUCUAUGAUUUUCCUGCAAUUAUCUUUUAUAGUUUCAUCAAAGUUUCUCUUGCAGUGAAAUGCUGUAAAUGUCAUAAUCUUGAAUAAUAAUUUUUUUAUUUGCCUUUGUAUUUUGCCUAAUAAUUGUAAUCGAUCUGUGCUCAUUUUUACCUGCUUA